AUUAUGAUUUAUACCUAGUUGGUAUUAACAUCAAGUUAAAGAUAUUCGAAAUUACUUACGAAUAAAAAGUUUUUUGAUAGAAUUUUAAUACACAUAAAUUCAAGUCACUAAGAUAUUUAACGAUAAUCGAAUGCAUUUUAUUUAAGCAGAUUUAAUAAUUAUUCAGUAUUUCAAAUUUUUUUUAUUCACGAUUUGUAUACUAUUUUCCUAUAAAUAAUCUACCAUUUGAUACAUCAUAGUGAUUGUAAUUAUAAAUAGUCACCGAAUUCAGUUGUCAAGUGCUGUGCAAAUAGUGAUGUGCAAUAAAUCAUUAAAAUCGCUUCGUUUCUUGCUGUUUAAGAUGAUAUUUCCUUACGAGCAUCAUAACUCAUAAAACUUUUGUGUGUACAAGGAUGGCGAGAAUGCUGCUGUACAUACGGUUAAAUGCUUUAUAAAUGCCUAUUCCUGACAGAUGCAGACUGAUAUACAUGAGUGUGGAAACGUAUUUUUUAUCAUUAGGUAAAAACCUUAUCAAUCCAGUGGCACUUUUCUAGGUCAUAAAAAUAUCGCGAAUGGAAGUUUUGCAAGGUGUGAAUUUACGUGGAUUUCACUAUUUAAUGUUGACUCAAGUCACCCAGAUAAGAAUUAUUGACACACUUACACCGUAGAGAUGCAACAUUCGAUUUAUAUCAUUAUAUCUCUUCGUGAUAUACCAACGUGUUCUUCGCAUAAAACUUCUAUCAAUAUCCAUUCCAAGUAUCACCGCUGCGAAUGUCUAAUUUAGUAUCAAUGAAAGGAUCGAUUACGAUCGAGGAAGAGGAAGAUGAGGAUAAAGUUGAAACUUCAACCUGCGUGAAUAAAAUCUCCCGAUUUAUACCUAUACUGGAAUGGUUUCCACGAUACACACACCUCGACGCAGUCUCGGAUUUAAUUGCAGGGAUAACACUAGGGCUGACCAUGAUUCCUCAAAGCAUAGCAUACGCUGCGUUAGCUGGAGUGUCUGCUCAGUACGGACUCUAUUCUGCCUUUGCGGGUAGUUUGAUUUACAUAUUUUUUGGAAAAAUCAAAGAAGUAUCCAUUGGCCCUACUUCUUUAAUGUCACUUUUGACAAAUGAAUAUACCCGAGGCCUGCCGAUAGACUUUGUAUUUCUCCUUGGUUUUCUCUCCGGAUGCAUGGAAUUACUAUUUGGACUGCUUAACUUCGGAUUCUUGGUGGAUUUUAUCUCGACGCCUGUUACAUCAGGAUUUACCUCAGCUACAUCGGUGAUCAUUAUUCUCGGACAACUAGAAAGACUGCUUGGUCUUGAAUACAAAACGUCUUCCAAUGUCGAGAAGAUUUUUAAAGCAUUCCAGCAUAUUGGUGACAUUCGAAUUGGUGAUACCCUGAUCGGUGUAUCAAGUAUCAUAUUUCUACUGACAUUCAGGAGACUCAACAAUGUGAAUCUACGCUGUCGCCUAAGUGAAAAAAAGCAAAGAUUUGUGAAAAAGUUAUUGUGGUUUCUUUCCAUCGGUCGCAAUGCUCUACUCAUAUUAAUCACAACCAUUAUUGCGUUUAUAAUGGAAAGAGCUGGCAAAUCCCCUUUCGUACUUUCCGGUAAAGUUGAGCCAGGGCUUCCAUCUUUUGGUCUACCUCCAUUCAGUACACAAAACGGCAAUCAAACAUAUACCUUCGUCGAAAUGUGCUCGCAGCUAGGAUCUGGAAUUUUCAUCAUUCCUCUAGUUGCUGUGUUAGCUAAUGUUUCAAUCGCUAAAGUGUUCGCAAGUGACAACGGAGUCGAUGCAGCUCAAGAAAUGCGCAGUUUGGGUUUGUGCAACAUAUUUGGUAGCUUUGUCCAGUCGAUGCCAACAUGCGGUGCGUUCAGUAGAAGUGCAGUGAGUAAUUCAAGUGGCGUAAGAACACCCUUGUCUGGUCUCUAUGCUGGGGUCUUGACUUUGUUAGCUUUGAGCUUCCUUACACCCUAUUUCUAUUACAUUCCACGAGCUUCGCUAGCCGCUGUUCUUAUAGGCGCAGUGAUAUUCAUGAUAGAAUGGAGCAUAAUUCCAAUACUGUGGAAAGGAAAUAAAAAAGACAUGGCAGCGACAAUUACUACGUUCGUUGCAUGCAUUAUAUCAGUUGAAUAUGGACUGCUGUUCGGAGUCACGUUGAACAUACUCUAUCUGCUACACGCGUGGGCAAGACCAAAUAUAGAGAUAUCAAAAUGCAAGACUGCUGACGGGGAUAAAUACAUCCUAAUAAAGCCAGACAUUGGAUUAUAUUAUCCAGCGGUAGAUUUUUUACGUAAUAACGCAAAUCAGGCUGCAGUGAAAGAAGGGAAAAAUAUACUUCCCGUAGUUUUGGACUGCGAUGGCUUCAAAAGCAUUGAUUACACAGGGAUGAAGUGCAUCGAAGCGAUGAUGAACGACUUUGAGAAGAAAGGGCAGUGCUUAACGUUCAUACGCCUGAACGCAAAAGUGUUCAAGCAAAUUGAAUCACUUGGUGGUAUAAAAAAUCUAAGACAUGCAAAGAACGAAGAGGAUAUCGUUGGUAAACUUUUCUAUAACACAGUUGAAAUGACGAGAAGUGCAACAGUGCCAAUUUUUGAACAGACGAAAAGUGAAACAGCAGACAAUAAUACUGUAGGAAUAACACAGGCUGGAAGAGAUACAGCAGAUAAUGGAGAAGAACAUGAAGGCAAACCUUUAGUGAGUGACUAUCAAGCAGUAAUAAAGGAGUUUGAAACAUCUGAAAAAUCAAAAUUGCAAACAAAACCACCUGAGUCAUGAAGAAAUAAGGAUUUGGCAUCUAUAAAAUUGUUUCUCUUGACUAUAAUAAUGUGUGAAUAUGCAGCUCUCAAUACGAUGCAAAGCAAAUUCUGCUGCUUUUACGACUUUCAUAUUUUUUUUUUUUUGUUGUCAAUAACACAUUUACAUAAAGGAAAAGACACCAUUUGUCUACCCUAUUUCAAGUUCUAUACAGACUUGGGUGAAAUAAUCAGAAGACCUUUUGAAUUACGAAAAAACUUAAGAACAUGAAUUGGCUACCCAGUAAACCAAAAUGAAUUGAAUGGAAUUAAAUACACCUAGAAACAGAAUAAACGCGAACUGAAGCGAACUGAAAAGACUUAUGUGCUAAUUAUUUUGAAUUUAUUUUAAUUCGUGUAAAUUUUAUUUUUGCCGUACUCAAAUCAAGUUGGUCUACUGGUUGUGGUUCUUUUAUUCGCUUAUCUACAUUUAUGUGUAAUUUUUAAACAUCCGCAAGAUUAAGGUGUUGACUUUGAAGUACUUUCAAAACAAAAGUGAGCAGUGAUAUAAGGAUAUUAUGAAAUUGGUUAACAUAUGUUAUCAUUCUGCUUUGAGCAAUAUUAAACUUAAUGACAUAGGUAGUAGAGGAUAUGGUAGUUAUAAUGGUACAGUAAAUCAUAGAGUAAAUAGUCUUCAAAAUCUCUGAUAUUCAAAUAGUCCUACACCAGGAGGAAACAGAAACUCAUUGUCAAAAGCAGUUUCUUUGGAACUGGUUGACAUCAACUUCUUAGACUCUAAUAUGUGAUUAAGAAAGAAAAGCACGAUUCUUUGUAAAUAUCAUAAAUAUGGUAACUAUAUAACAAUGAAUACAUGCUCUACAAUUUUUUUCCAAAUACAUCAAAAUAGCUACGUAGCACUUAGGUAUCUGUGAACAAAUAAUAUGAAUUAUUUAUUGAAUCAGGUUGUAAACAGACAAGGAGAAAUGUCCGUGAAACCUUACGUAAUAAAAAUGAACUGAUCACAAGGAAUUUAUAUUCAUCAAGUCAGAAUCAAAAA